UUUCUUGUCGCUCACUUCCUGUUACAUCAACCAUCAACUACACUACGUACGGUAAGAGUUCACUUGUCGGAUGAGAUACAUUUGGCCUCAUAUUCAAUGCUGCCAUAAUAAUAUCACAUCGCCAUGCAGAACAAUCCCGAUGACAACCAGUCUCAACUGACCAUACCCCUACGACGUGACCUUUUCCAGCGGACAAAUCCGUCCGACUUACCUCAUAUAGACAAAAAGCCAUUCGUGGAUCGCGCAAAUCCUACUAUACACCCAAGCGACCCGUUGUUCAAGCAGGUAGAAAGCGACUUCAUAACGUUACUUCGGCAUACCACACUCUCUAUCGAGGAGAUACUCGUAAGGAUUUUCGACCCGCACGAGAUUACACUCUUCCAGCCAGUUACAUCUCCACCUGAGCUCGUCCAGUUGCAAAGAGAUAACAUUGUCCGUUACGAACAUCUCCUCGCCACGCGAUUUAAAGACUACGUCCCUACUCUAGAGUUUAAAUUGACCUUGCUCUAUUUUGGGCUUCCUGUCGCACCGAUGAAGCCCGGUACCUGGCAAGAGACGGUGCCUGCCGACCUCGAGUAUGGGGACGAUACGACGUUAGUUCACAAGGACCCGUUUGAAUUUUUAGACAAUUACACCGAAAGGACAAAUGGCGAUCCUAGCAAGCGUGUCGUUGAUCCUUAUAACCCUAAAACGCCGUACACUGGAAUUACCCUAAAUGCCUAUGGAAAACUCCGUGGCGGCGCUGCUCCAGAUCGAGAUGAGGAAUAUGGCGAAUUUCCAAAAGUCGGCAAGUCGAUACGGGUAUUCGGAUACCAGGGAGCAACCCUGACGGAUAGCACCGUAGAGUUAUACGAUUCUUUCGUGGAGGUAGCGGAUUACCUCCUAAAAGUAACAUGGGCGUACGAUUAUCAGAUACGCCUUGAGAUUUGGACGUUGGAUAACGGCACCGAGCCUAACGAGAAACCCGUCGCCAAGGCGACAGGCACGGUCCAUCACGGCCUUACAAGUCGACCUCACCAUACCGACACGAUAUAUUCGCUUCUUCAAAGGUUUUUCAACAGUAAAGAUUUCAACGGUGAUGAUUAUUGCUGCUUUGUAUACUUUGAUAAGGAGGAGCCUCCUAGCUUCUAUAAGCCCGUUGUCAAUAAGGAUAAUUACGUCAUUCGCAUAUAUGACAAUGAUUACAAGCAGAUGGUAUACAUGAGAGUACCGCCGGAUCUAAAGGACACGUACAAGCCAAACCAAUUCAGGACUGAAUAUCAGCGGGCCAUGAAUAUCCUUUUCCCGAGUAAUCCACACACACAUCUGAAAUUCGAUUCUACUACCAAUGCAUUAACGUAUGGACUACUCAGUCCCCCUCCCAAUGUUUGGGGUGGGAUCAUCACGGAACAAGCUGAGGGUAACGACCUGCCUGUCCUAAGUUUCGAGAGAUCUAUCAUCCCCGAAAAGCAUGUGCCUAUCUGGAUACCAGGAGUUCAUUCGUACAACACGGACUUCUCGAAUUUCUCGGCGAUUUUCCCGGCAGAUGAUCUUGCACUUAGAGGAAAUGAAGCCAUUCGACCUGGUGCGGAAAGACUAGUCGCGACGGUCAUCGGUGCCAACCCUGACAUAACUAAAGGCAACCGUAUGAUUGGUAUUGACGUCUGGUUACCUGGACAGCAUUUUCUAGACACUAAUAUCAAUGGUCGUCGUAUCACGCUAGGGGGUGGUAAAGUUGGGUCGGAUACAUUGGACAGUUGGAAUGAAGUGCUUCACGUCUUCCAGGGCCCAAGAAUCCACGCUCCCUGGCAGAACUAUAGCAUUGCAGCUCGGGUUGUCUACGAUACUUAUCUAUUCUACACGGCAGCCGGUAAAUCCAAUGCACGGUUUACUACGGAUAUCAAUAGUACAUUGCUCACGUUAGACGAAUUCAAGAAAGCCGUCCGCGGUAACCUGUUUCCCGAUUACCAGGAAGACACCCAAGUGUUGCACCUGGUUCAAUCGACGUGGAAGAAAAACCCGACCGAUUUCGUAAUCAAUGCCCACACGGACGAGGCCGAUUGGAAAUGGAUCGUCCGGAAUAUUACAGAACCGGAUAUAGCUGUGUCCCUUGAGAACUGGUCUAACAAGUGGGUGGUGGACCAAGAUGCAACUUGGGGGCCACGCUACUUCGACAGCAAGAAUCUUGAGUUAACAUCGCACUAUGCAUCGACAUACAAGCCAUUGCCAUAUGAUCCACCUGUCGAGGCAUUUUUCGCGAAUUCUGAUAAUAGACCUCCCAGCUUUCAGAGACACCAACAUCUGCGAGAAAGGUAUUUCUGGGAUACCCCGAGCAUUUUCGUCAACCCAGCGAAGCCCGCGAUACCGGGACACGGGCCACCACUCGAAACUAUUAUUCACACGGGACCCGACGUACCAGGCUUCACCAUUGCGAUGAGAACUCCGAGCGAAGUAGCACGACUCGAAAGGGAAGUUCACACGUUAAGGGGAAAUCUCCUCGACAGGAUUAGGGAGUGUCCUUAUGUGGGCUGCGACCGAUUUUUCCAAUUCCAGGAUCGUGAAGGCUUGACUACACACAUGAACGUCGACCACAGUACUUUGCAGUGCUUCUUGUGCGACCCCGUUAAGCAGAAGCUCCUCCCAUUCUACGAUCAGGGCGCUAUUAGACGUCACUUCCUCGAUGAGCACUACCUUGAAUUCAAGAAGAUGGUCGCGGCUACUACAAACGACCAGGCAGGACAAAUACCCCAGCAAGAAAAAGCAAAGGUAUCCAAGUCAGAAACAGAGGAAGAAGAAGAGGAAGAGGAAGAAAAAGAAGAUGUAGAGACUACAUUCUGCAAUCGGUGCGGGAGAAACCUACUCAAACUCAAUAACGAGAUAGACAGGGUGUUCCAUGAGGAUUAUUGCAAACUCGGCAAGACGGACGCCUUAAAAUACUGCCAGUAUUGCGGAGAGGAGAAGAGUGCCGAGGCAGUUGGCAGUCCAUGUAGUAAGUGUGGGAAGGGUAAACGAGGCUCCCCCCAUCUCUAUUGCGAGUCCUGUGGUAUGAAAUUCGACUCGACUAUGAGUGAGGCGUAUCGCGAACACCACGUUUUGCAUUGUAAACCCUUGGGUGGCCCCGCAAACAACUUUUGCCCCGACUGCGGUGUCAGUCUGGCCGGGAAGACUGUCGCUGAGAAGCAGAAGCAUAUAGCUACAUGCGAUUUCGCACCACAAGAUCCGGAAGACGAGGAUGAGGGCGCUCAUGGCUACUAUAAUGUCACCCCCACCCCCUUUGUUGAUACUAAUACUAUAGAAAUAGCCCCGCUCGAUAAAUACGCGGAGAUGAUUAAUAAGUUGACCGGAUCUAAGGACAAGCAUCGCAAGGGCAGUAAGACGGAUGAGAGUUCUCCUAAAGCCCGAAAGACCGCUCCAAAGAGCAGCCAGGAAGCUAGGAGCAAACCAACUACCAGACGCGAUGUGAGGUGGAGGCCGGCGUCAAAAUCCGACCCAGCACCGGUUCGUCGAUCACGCUCUCCCAAUUGGGCUGGUCACCUCGAGCCGGACCACCAAACAUACUCAUUCCAACCAUCUCCGGAUUGGAGAUGCUCGCGGUGCUUCCGGGCAGCAGGGCACGACUUAGCACAAAUUGAGGCACAUAUGGACGCAGAAGGGUCCUGUAGAAUUCGUCGCGGGUUAGGAACCACUAACUAUGGUCGCAUGCCCAACCGCAGUGGAUGGAUCGCUCCCAUGGAGGAAUUCGAUUUUACCAAGACAUUCGCCGAAUUCGUUAGACGUUAUCCAGCAUACAGGCACACCAUGUUCCCAGUACGCGACUCGAGCGUCCGGAAGACUUGGGAGUCGUCUUACUCACUGAAUAAUGCUAUCGGGGAUAUCGCCGAUGACCCAAAUCAUCCCUCCAACAUUGCGAGGCACAUGACUGGAGAUAUGCCAUGGCCGCCGUAUGAGGGCACAGUUAUCCCGCUUGACGAUACGGUGCCGCCAGCUCCACCGUCCGUCGAUUUCAAGUCAGACACUGAUGACGGGCGCUUCACCCAAUCCGAUAUAUCUCGUAGCCCGACCGAGUCGGAGCUGAUGAGAAUAGACGAUUUCAACAACCCCCCCAUUGUCGAAAGCUCAGAUGAGGAAGGAUCGGUAGGAUUUCCCGAGCCGCCGCCACCUAAAGAUGACAAGAAAGGCAAAAAGAAUAAGAAUGACAAGGAUGACUCAAGUGAAAAGCGCAAGCGCAAGCGGGACCCGAAGGACGAUGAUUUCGUCCAACACAGCCCCGCCGACGACGUCGAAGAGGAAUAUUCUGAGGUUGGCGCGGACCCGGAUACUCCCAAGAACUUGACCGGCUGGAAACCUCCGACGCCUAAGAAGAGGAAAGACACCGAGGAGAAGGAUCCUAAAAAGCCUUCCGAAUUCAUAAAUGAUUCGUCGUCAUCGUCGUCAUCUAGUGGCAAGUCCCCUAAGCCACCGGGGCCCGAUACCAAUGUUCCUAAGUUCCCAUCAAAGCGUCCCUCCAUAAAACGACCGCCGCCGCUAAACCCGCAGAGUAUUUCUGGCCCGCUACCACCGCCUAGCGGCGGCCCGUCUAGCUUCACUCCGGGAGGUCGUCCGCACAUAUCGCUACCGCCUGACGUGGAGGCUCUACAGAAUAUUGUUAAGGAAUCGGGACGGGGCUCCAAGCCUGCUGGUAGCACGCCACCUCCGCCAACUCCGCCUGGUUUUGGAAAACCCAAUACGCCUAAAAAGUAAUCAAUCCCUAGGGAUAGUUAGAGGGUUAUCAAAUGCUGGUUGCGUAGUUGGUUGACUGGGUAGAUAUUUGGUGCACUGCGGAGUGAGAAGGGCUGGGUCAAUGUAACUCACCUAGCAAAGUGAUACGAUUGACGAGUGGGAACGAGGGGAGGACAAGAGGUUGUAAACAUACUCGAUCUUUACUAUUUGGGUUUCUUUUGUAAUAAGAAGUAAGAUAGGAAGUAUUUUAAUACGUUGCUUAAUUUUCGUUUGUCAUGGAGUGAUACUGCUCUAUUUAGAAAUGAGUUGUUUUAUUCAUUGAGAUGCUUCCCUUAAUUACCUAGGUAUGUAGUGGCGACUAUGUGUAUCAUCUACCUAGGUAGUUAAGAGGUAGGUGAGGGUUACCUUAACAUCUCUGCCGACUCAUC